AUUAAUAUUCUUCAGUCUAUUUUACUCUGUGGUUUUGACUGUACGCUGGUAACAUGCAUGUUUUUGUAGAUGAUGUUUUGUGGUUGGUGACUUUCUUCUGCUCUGUGCUUCUGCUUUUAUGCUGGCAGAAAUAGUUUGUAUUUUCUGAAAUCAUAACCUCCAAAUGAUUUAGCAGAUAAGAACAGAUGAACGUUUAUUUGAUUUAGACUAAGAAUAAUCUUUAAACUCUAAGUACAUUUGUAAAUUUUAGAUGAUAAACAUGUAACUUAGAGCUGCUUGUUUAUUCUUAUUUUAGUCUUUAUUGCUGAAAAGUGUGGAAACUGCUGACCGACAGCGUCUGUCUCUCCUUGAAAUGAGGAAACUUCCUCUUUCUUCUUUCUGUGUAAAAGUCAGAUAAUUUCCUGAUGUGUCAGUCGAGCUGCAUGAACACAGACGGACAGAAGCCACGAGCUGAAGCAGAAUCUUCUCUCUUCUGCUGGAUUAUUGGGCUCUUCUGGAGAAAUGAAGCUCAUCUUUGGACUGAUGCUGCUGAACACUGCUGCAUGUCUGGAGUUUAACUGCAGUUUUUAUCAGUCAGAUCCCUGUUACGCAGCUUUGGGACACAAACUCAAUCUACUGAUGCUGGACACUCGUAUAGAUAACCGGAAGAUACUAAAGAGAAUAACCAGCACACAAGAUGAUCAAGUUUGUGGAUUUAAGGAUGGCAGAAUAAGGGAGAAGGAAUGUGAUCUUUUCAAUAACAGAUCUGAAGUGUCAGUCAUUAAUGGGAUUCUGAUAAUAAACGGUGUGAUCGGAGCAGAUUCAGGGACUUACAGAUUAGAUCUUGAAGACUCAAACGGCACAGAAACAUCUAGAGAUCUUCAAGUGAUUGUUGAAGAGAAGGACGCUGGCAAAACACAAGUAGAAAGUUCAGUGUCUCUGGUGUUUGUUCUGGUCUGGUGUUUUCAGAUGAUGUUUCUGUUGGGUCUGUUAGGAGGUUUUCACAUCUACAUGAGACACACGUCAGGAAAGAAACAGGAAGAUCAACAAGUGAGAAUGAGCAGAUUUAGAGAAGGACAUGAACGCACAGCAGAAGAUUGAGGAGAGCAGCAGCCGAUCUCAUCACAUCUAUGAGAAAUCACUUCAGAACGGCCAAGACUUUCACAUCCAUCCAACAUUUAUUUUACACAUCUGGAGUUAUUUAUUUAUCAUAUAUGCUCUUAGGGGGUUUCAGUUGAUUUUUUUUUCUUCUUUUACAUUUGAACUGUUCCUCUUGAUCCGUGUCUCAGUUUUUUUUUUUUUUUUUUUGCUCUCCGUGGUUUUGAACUUCUGCUUGUGCAUUUUUUUAGAUGACUUUUAACAUGUUUAGCCACAUUCGUGUAUUUUUCUUCACAAGAUCUUUAUCAUUAUAGAAUAUUGCUCAACACAUUGUUCUUUAAGAAUUGUUAAUGGAGUCUGUGUUGAAUUUUUUAUGAUUACCUUGGUGCUGAGUUAAAUGAACAAAAAAUAAAUAAUUUGAA